AAAUGUGGAAAAAACGGGGACAAUUAUUCAUCUUUGAUGGCUUCCGUUGCGUGCACUGCGAAAACGAUUCAAGUUCUUCUAACCAAGUGGACGAAGUCGCGGGCAACAGCUAGUGACUUAUACAUAUUAUAAUGGAUAAGAGUGUUAAAUGAAAACAUGUUUUAGUGUAAUAUGCGUGCAGCGUGGGGUGCUUUUUGAAAAUACAAUUUCUUCAAUGUCACUCACCAUAAUGUCUGACUCUGUCAUCAGAGCGUUAGGUGCAGCGCAGACGACAGACUAUCCGUGACGCACUUUUUAGUCUGUGAAAAUAGAACCUGUGCAAUUUAUGCAGUCACGCACACAACUCGCAAUAAGUCCGGCGCACAUAAAAUUCGUGUAAUUCGGGCAGACAACGUUUGCUUCAACGCGCGCUAACGCAGACGGCGCACACUUUAGUCGGCAAUCUGCAUUUGCAAGGUGUGGACGCACGCGAUCAUGGCGCCAGAGGUCGAUGUAACACCGACAGAAUGAUCGAAGAUGUACGUCGAGUGCGUUGAAUGUGUGACAGACUUUUUCAAAAUCAGCGACAGGCUCUUUAUGCGCCGCAGACUCGAUCGCACAAAGUCUGUUGUCUGCGUUGCACCUUAUCAUCAGGCACCCCACGAUUUUUUUACGUUGAAACGUUUUCUCAUUCAAUCUUAUCCAUAAUUUGAAUAAUUUCGAAAAUUAUUUUCUACUAUUUAGUUAUAUGUAUACCUUCGGGUACGGAACCCAAAAAGAAGAAAAAACUGUGACAUGAAAAGCGCACGAAGCGCAACGGAAAGAUGAUCUCAUUCAAAACAAAGCCUUAUAUAUCUAGAAGGGUGUGAAAAUUAGUACGUAUGCGACGUUUGCGGGUACCGGACGUAGCCGCCGCGCGCUGCUGAUAUCUAUCUCGGAAGCAGUCGCGGCGCUCACCUGCCGCGGCCUGAGCGCGCGCACUCUGCUGGCGGCCGCCGACCCCGCGCCAUGUCGCCCGACCAACCCGACAACAACGCCGACUCCGCCGACACCAACAUGGUGUGGUGCCAGUGCGCGGCGUGCGGCUCGCGCGGGCAAGCGCUGUGGCGCGUGCUGCUGGCGGAGGGCGCGGGCGCAGCGCUGCUGGUGCUGCUGAGCUGCCUGCCAGCCGCCGCCGAGCCGCUGCACCGCGCGCUGGCCGCCGGCGCCGUGGUGGCGCUGCUGGUGCUGCUGAGCUGCCUGCCAGCCGCCGCCGAGCCGCUGCACCGCGCGCUGGCCGCCGGCGCCGUGGUGGCGCUGCUGGUGCUGCUGAGCUGCCUGCCAGCCGCCGCCGAGCCGCUGCACCGCGCGCUGGCCGCCGGCGCCGUGGUGGCGCUGCUGGUGCAGUGCCUGGACCACGUGUCGGGCGCGCAGCUGAACCCGGCGGUGACGCUGGCGGCGCUGGUGUGGGGGCGCGUGUCGUGGGCGCGCGCGCUGUGCAUGGCGGGCGCGCAGCUGGCGGGCGCGGGCGCGGGCGCGGGGCUGCUGCGCCUGCUGCGCGCGGCGGAGGCCGAGCUGUGCGUGACGCAGCCUGCGCCGGGGCUGGCGCCCUACAAGGCGGCGCUGCUGGAGGCGGUGCUGGGCGGCUGCCUGGCGCUGGCCAACUGCGCGUCGUGGGAUGUGCGCAACGCCGGCCUGCGCGACUCCUGGCCGCUGCGCAUCGGCAUCUCCGUGGCCGGCAUGUCGCUCGUAGCGGGGGAGUUGACGGGCGCCAGUAUGAACCCCGUGAGGAGUUUCGGGCCCGCGCUGUGGGCUGGCAACUGGACAAGUCAUUGGGUGUACUGGGCGGGCCCGCUGGGCGGCUCGCUGCUGGCCACGGCGGGCUACGUGAGCGCGUGGCGCCCGCGCGCAACCCACGCGCCCGCCAAGCCGCGCGCGCAGCCCUAGCGGCCUCUCGCCACCCGAUGUCUGUUAACAUUACUACGGAAAAUAAAUAUGCCUACUUUACGUAA